ACUUAUUCAAAUUAGCCUAUAUAUUAACCAUAUAGUGUUCAUUUUCCAAAUCAUUGUUCUCAUAUCUUCAACACUUCUCAUUUACAUACACACACAAAAACAGAGAAAGAGAAAACAUAAAUCUUUUUUUGUUCAUUCUUUAUAAAUACAAUUUCUCCAUUUUUCAAAACUAUACCUCCUUUAUUUAGAACCAUGUCUUUCUCAACCAAACUAUCUAUGGUUUUAUUACUUUCUUCUCUUUUCAUCCAUGCUUCUUUGGCUGAAAUGGUGUGUGAGGACUUGCCAAAGGAUGUGUGUGCUUUCUCAGUAGCUUCAUCUGGAAAGAGAUGUUUAUUGGAAACAGAGAAAGGAAUGAAUGGUGAGAUAGAAUAUGAAUGCAGAACAUCUGAAGUUAUUGUUGAAAGAAUGGCAGAAUACAUAGAGACAGAUCAAUGUGUGGAGAAAUGUGGUGUUGAUAGAAAUUCAGUUGGUAUUUCAUCUGAUGCUUUCUUUGAGCCACAAUUCACUGCAAAACUUUGUUCUCCAAUUUGUUAUCAAAAAUGUCCCAACAUUGUUGACCUUUUCUUCAAUUUGGCUGCUGGAGAAGGAGUAUUUUUGCCAGAACUAUGUGAGAAACACAAGACCAACCCUCGUCGUGCUAUGAUCGAGCUUGUGAGCUCUGGAGGAGCUGCACCUGCCCCUAUUUCUGAUAUUUCAGAGGAUAUUGUGUUUGCACCUGCACCUUCUCCUAUAUAAUCUUUGAGAGAUUAAUUAAAUUUUUCAAAAUAUUAAUUUAUAUAUUUCAUCUUUUUUGGUACAAUAAAUUUAUAUAUUUCAAUAUGUUACUAUAUUAGAUGAUAUUGAGGGAAAUAUGAGUUCCUUAUUUUAGAAUGAGUUUUGAUUAAUGUAAUAAUCAAGUUCGAGUUGGGCCAUUGUUAUUUCAUUUUUAUAUUAUGUAAUGUUAUUAAUUCUUCAAAUUUAUCAAAUUUUGGAAUUAUUUGUGUUCUUUGUAUCUUACCGGGAAUUGUCUCUAUAAGGAAUUUACUUGUUAUUCUU